AAUAAUAAUAAUAAUAAAUAAAUAAACAAAGAAGGAACGGCAGAGCAGAAAGAAAUCAAAUCGAAACAGGAGUGAUGGCAGAUAUGGUAGAGGAAGACAGAAAUCGAAGCAGCAGCAAAAUAGAUAAUUCUGAUGAAAAAAGAAGAAAAGGUGGAGAUGAUGGUGAUGAGAAGAAGAAUUUGGUAGAGAUCAAACUCAAAACCAUUGGCCCUUCUCGUCCAUCUUACCUUCUUGUUCCUUCUCUCAUCAAAGUGCGUGACUUGAGAAAAUUGAUUGCUGAAAACAAUCAUCUACCAAUUGAGAAUUUGAGGCUUAUCUUGCGUGGGAAUGUUUUGCAUGAUAACAGAAAUGAGGACGAAGUACACCUGCAACUCAGUAAUGGUGACUCGCUGAUUGUUGCUGUCAAACCAAAGCCACCAGCUAAACAUCUUCGGGAUGGUUUUGAUUUUGAUGAUGAUGACCUGAAAUUUCAGUUGCCACAGUCAACAAGUCGGUGGAAGAGGAGGCUUUACUAUUUUCUUCAUGAUAAGUUGAAACUUCCAGAUAUCCUCUUGAUGGCGCUUUUCUCUCUCAGUCUAAAAGCAUGGGCUGUGAUUAUUUUGUGGUUCAUUUUGGCACCUGUUGCACACAGAUGGGAUCUUGGACCAGUAUAUAUACUUGGCACAGGAUUUGCCAUUAUUUUCUUUAAUCUUGGACGACGGCAAGCUGGUGAUCUCAGUGCAUAUUCUAUCUUCAAUGAUGACUUCAGGGAGCUUCCUGGGACCCUUAAUGCAGAUCGUAUAGAUAGAGACAUUCGGGCCGGUCAAUUGUGAACUUUUCGCUCAUCAUUCAUUAUUGAAGUGUUUCAGUAUAUAUCCACAGUCUGCAAGAGGUGAUCUCAGUCAUAUACAGUAAGAUGAAAAUGUUUUUGCUUGCCCUGUACAGUAUCUUUAGUUUGUCAUACCCUUUAAAUUGUAACAAUUGAAUUCCUGAUUUUCCAAAGUUAAACCUCCAUUGCACUCGCUCUUAUUAGAAUUUAGAUUUUGGCUUGCUUCAAUAGAACUUUGAUAUCAUAGCAUGUUCUGUAAUUAUGGAAUUAAUUUGUCUGAUAGUUUUGAUGAUCUUUGCCUGAUGUAAACUUGGUAGAUGACAACUUUUAAUCUUAGGUUGAGGAUUUUCCAUGA